AGUGUGAUUGUUUUCAGUGACAUGUACAGAUAUUUUUGAAAACAAAUCAUCAUUUUCUAUUUUCUCCUCAUGCUGGUUCAUUCUAAUGCUUAGUUCGUUGCCUGUUUGUCCGACGUAAAUGUUAGCACAGUCUUUGCAUUUUACACAAUAAACAACUCCAAGUUUUCUAUGAUCUUUUCCUUUGUAUUUGUGUGAGAAACUGCUAUCCGACACUGGGAAGUAGUUUCUCACACAAAUACAAAGGAAAAGAUCAUAGAAAAGUUGGAGUUGUUUAUUGUGAUACUGUGAAGUAUCGAAAGCUCGCUUCUUGUGUAAAAUGAUUUUACAAAAAUGUUUUUCAAUUAUUUUAAAUAUACUUAGUUUUAUAAGAAAUGUAAAAAAGUCAAAGAAUGUCAAUAUAUUUGUAAUAACUGUGAAUUGGUCCUAUUCUUGGCAGAAGGAACGAUAAAUUUGGGAAAACGACCAUUAUACAAAUUAAUCCCAUUUUCCGUUGCCUAAGAGUAAACUUACUAAAAUAUCACGCAUUGUGAAUCCUUUUGUUGUUAUAACUGGAUCAAACAAUAUCAGGUAUGUUUUUCUUUCAAAAAAAUUUAGAAUGAGUUUCUGAUAUUAUUACCUCUCUGGCUGUCGUUGCAUCAUGUUUUACUCGGACUUUUCUUCAAGAACAUGAUGCGAAGUUUACAUCAAUCCUACAAUACCUUCAGUACUCCAAAAUUUCUGUCUAAAAUGGUAAAAGAUAUUUUUACUAAAGAACGUAUACGGAUUUAAAGUGACUACCCAGCAAUUUUGAAGAUCUAGUCCUUCGUUUACAUCCUUGCGGCGUAUUUCUGUCCCGAUGGUAAACUAUCUUCUUUACUAUAUUUCUAAAAAGUGAAUAGUGCGCUGUCAAAGUUCAAAAUCUUAUGAUUCUAACGUGAGCCUUACCAAUAAGGUAACGUUUGCCGUAUGUAAAGCAGACAUUCUCGCUUGGACUUCCAGAUAAUGCAUAUCCCUGAAUACUAGACUCUAAUAUCAGUUCGUUGCUUAGGCCAAUCUCGCAUCCUGUGAAUGAGAUGGAAUGGCUUAGCCCCAAUCCUCUGUGUAUGAAACAGGACCGAACUGAUACUCGCUACAGACUGAAAGUGACGUAUGUGGACUUAGUUAAUCUGCGAAAGAAAUGUGUCUCAAAGGAAAAUUUGUCCAAAACUUCGAUAGUGUAACAUUGGGACUAGCGAAAAUGAAGCCUAUUUAUAUAUAAGGGGACAGAGAGCUGAAUUUGCUGUGCACAUCCUCUGAAUUUACUAUCUGACUCUCAUGCUGAUUUUACCUUUUCAGAUAGAGAUUAUAGCAUGACAAAAGGAUUGUCUGCUCGACGAACGCAUCCAAAUUUGAUUGCACUAUGUUCUCGAACAAAAGUCCGAGUAAAACAUAGUGGAAUCAAUCGUAGAUAAUAAAACGGUGACUGGAAAAAUGUGAAACAAGUAACAUUAUCGGACACUAUGAAGAUACGUCCUCACCCGUCUUUUCUGUGGCGUCCGGACGUCGGCAUCCCGUCCAAAAGCGGCACUUUGCCCAUACCUUUUUUGCCCUUGGUCACCCAUCCGAGGCCAAAAACAGACCCCACUUUUUAGCUGUCUUUUGUUUACCUGGGAGAUUAUAACAAUCAAUUUUUGUAGAUAAUAGAUAAAGAGCCAGGAAGCCUAAAAAGACUUUAGUCUAGUUGAUUUUACGCGUAAUUAGUGCUUUUGUGCCAUGGCUGGAUUUUGUUAUUAUUUGUUGAAAUUUAGAUUACAAUAAGAGUUAAAAAAAACAACAACUCCGGCCCGCUGCACAUAACAGAGGAAGAUGCAGAUCGACUGAAAAUAAUUGUAUUUGUAAAUAUGAAAUCUGGUGGUCUACAAGGACAACAGGUUUUCGAUGCAUUAGAAGCACACAUUGGCAAAGAAAAUGUUUAUGAUCUCGUUAAAGAUCACGGUCCAGAAAAAGGACUCAAACAGAACAGACAUGAAAAAAAUUUGCGUAUUAUUGCAUGUGGAGGUGAUGGUACUGUUGGAUGGGUGCUUGCAGCAUUGGAUAAAGCGAAUAUGCAAUAUAUCCAUUUUGUUAGUGUUGGAAUUAUACCGUUAGGUAUGGGUAAAGGUUAUCACGGAGAAAAUUUACUACCAAUUAUUCAUGCAUUGGCCGAAGGGCAAAUAAGACUAUUAGAUCGGUGGUCAGUUGAUGUCCAACCAACAUCAUUGACAGGAGAUACAAGUAUUACAUUACCUCAACCAGUAUUCAAUAAUUAUAUCAGUUUUGGCGCUGAUGCACAGAUCGCAUUGGAUUUCCACAAACAACGUAACUCCAAUCCGGCUCUCUUUGGUAAUCGUAUGUGCAAUAAGGUCGCCUAUGGUUUGAUUUCAACAAAAACACUUCUUGAUCGACGUUAUGUAUGUGGAAAUAUUGCUGGCGACUUUCAGUUAAUUGUUGAUGGUAGAAACAUGACUAAAAUAUUGAUGAAAUCAAGACCAGAUGCUCUAUUGAUAUUGAAUAUUUCUUCGUAUGCUGCUGGCACCAACCCAUGGAAGGGUGUCAAACUACUGAAUGCAGCUGACGAAUUAUUUCAAUAUAAUGAUGUGGAUGAUAGCGAGUUUCGAGAUCCGUCGUGUUCAGAUGGUUAUCUAGAAAUAAUUGGUUUAAAACAAUAUGAGCUAGCCCGAAUUCAUGCUGGUGGUCGUGGUCUUCGAAUUGCACAAGGGAGUGAAAUAAAAUUGAAAAUGUUUGCAAGUUUACCAAUGGAAAUAGACGGGGAACCGUUCGUGAUUGGACCGUGUCAAUUGACAAUUACAAGACAAAAUCAAGCUCGAAUGAUAAUGACAAGAGAUAGCAAUGCGUAUCGGCAACUACAGUCGAACAGAGUUUGA